GUUGGAGGGAAAGUCUUACCACAGAGUUGCUGUACCCUGUGGCUUUCUGGAAACUCAUAGCUCUCUCAGAGAGUGUAGAAGUUGCCAAAAUGGAGAGACUUAGAACCCGGGAUUUUUAUGAACGGGAUGAAGUUCAGAAGAAAACAUUCACCAAAUGGGUCAAUCAGAACUUAAGAAAGGUGAACAAGAAAAUCAGUGACCUAUACAAAGAUUUUCGGGACGGCCAUAAUCUUAUCUCCCUACUAGAAGCUUUAUCAGGAGAGAAAAUUCCUCGUGAGCGUGGAAGACUACGUGUCCAUCGCCUGCAGAAUGUUGGGAAUGCGCUCAAGUUUCUGCAACAAAAGAAGGUUAUGUUAGUCAACAUCAGGAGUGAUGAAAUCGUCAAUGGCAACCCGAAGCUUACGCUAGGCCUUGUGUGGACUAUCAUCCUACAUUUUCAGAUCUCUGACAUUGUUGUUGAGAGCCAUGUGGGUGAACAAGUCCAGGCUAAGGAUGGCCUAAUGUUUUGGGCAAAGUGUGUGACCGAAGGCUAUCCUGGAGUAACUAUCAAUAACUUCGGUCAAAGUUGGCGCGAUGGCUUAGCAUUUAAUGCUGUCCUUCACAGAAACAGACCUGAUCUUAUAGACUUUAAAAGCCUAAAUCCAAGAAAUCAUCGAGGUAAUCUGGAAAAUGCCUUUUCAGUUGCCGAGACUGUUGGUGUACCCCGCUUGCUUGAUCCUGAAGAUGUGGAUGUUGCCAGUCCAGAUGAAAAGUCCAUCUUGAUGUAUGUAUCCUCGCUCUAUGAUGUCUUCCCAAAAGUCCCCCCACCCCCAGUCCAGCAGGCUACGGUCACCACGCACACAUCCUCAGAACAACAUUCUUCGGCAACAGUUACUGCAACUGGGCCAGUAUGGGAAGCCUACCAACAAGAAGCUAGGACCCUCAUGGACUGGAUUCAAAAGACUACAAUGAAAAUGGAUGACAGAAGCUUUGAUCAACAUGCUGAUAUCAAGAAGUUACAAUCAGAACUUACACAGCUCCGCUCGCAAGAUGUCCCCGCUAAGCUUGCUGAGCUGCGUAAAACUGUUGCUAAGUACCACAAACUGGACACUGAGCUCCAUAAGACAGGGCAGAUGCGUCCCCCAUCUGUCGUGCAUGCACGGGAGUUAGAGUCAGCGUGGGAAAAACUUAUUACAGCGGAACAACAAAGAGAGACUGCUCUUCAAGUGCUUUUAUCAAAGAGUCGCCAUUUAUCUGAACUUGGCCAGAAGAUCUCGGACCAAAUUCAGACUGUGAACUCUGAUCUUGACAGCGUUGAUACUCAAAUUAAAGAAGUUAAGGGCAAUUCCGGAAGAAUGACUGCUGCUGAUAUCAAGAACAACAUUGAUGUGAUCGAAGGAAAUCUAAUGACCUGUAAAAAUAACAUCCGUACUCUAUUUAGCAAUGUGCAGCAACUGAAGGAGGGUCAAUAUGAGGGAUGGAAAGAUCUCUUGAAACGAGUUGAAGAUCUUGAAAAACGAGUGUCUUCCAUCGAAACAUACAAGAUCACGGGUCAGGCAAAUGUUGUGACACAAACAGUAACCAUUCAAAUUGACCCUAAACUUCUAGCGCCAAUCAGUGAGCAUAUCAACUGGGUCCAGAACAAGUCUGCUGAAAUUUCAAAAACAUCUUAUGGAACAGACUUAACAAGUAUUCAGAAUGCGCUAUCCAAGGCACGCUUUGAUGAGAAAGCAAUAAAAGCCUACAAAAGCAACGUUGAUCGUUGUCGGCAUAAUUGCAACAUGUUAAAGGGUGCCGAACGUGAGCAUUACUCUGAGCUUGUGGUAAAACUUGAGGAAGCUUUCAAACAGCUGGUUGAUAUUGCCAAUAAACGCUGCCGUGAUGCUGAAGUGCUUCAGCAAUUCGUCGAGGAUGCAACAGAAGAAUUGAUGUGGUUGGAUGGGAAAGAAGAUCAAGAGGCAGCUCGCGAUUGGAGCGCAAAGAAUUUGGAUGUAGAAGAACUAGAGAAACACCACAUGAGUCUCCUCCGUGAGAUUGAAACUAGAGAAAAACCAUUUAAUGCCAUUCUUGAAAGAGGUCAGAAGUAUGUUUUGAAUCAUCAUCCUGGAUCCGAAACGAUGAGGGCCUACAUGACAACGAUGCAGUCUCAAUGGUCAUGGUUGAUUCAGCUGUCAGCCUCCAUGGAAACACAGCUGAAAUAUGCUGCUGAAUACCAUCAGUUUUUUAAUGAUGCGAGAAAUUGUGAACAGAGAAUGAUACAAUUUAAGGAGGAAUUAAAUUCCAGAUAUAGUCCAGUGGAAGCAACCGUAGAGGAAAUAAAUCAUCUUCUCCUCGAGAUGGAGGAUAUGAAAGACAAGAUAUUACAACUGAAAUCCGUCCUUGAGGAUCUCGCUAAGAGUAGCCACGAAGUGGUGCCAUUGAAGCAACGUAGACAACCGCUAACUGGGCGCAUGACAGUAUAUGCCAUAUGCAAUUAUACUGGCAUUGAUAUGUCAGUUUCAAGCGGUGAGGAGUGUGUCCUCUUAGACAAUUCUGACCGGCUGAAGUGGAGGGUGAUAAACACAGUUGGACGUGAGGGCACUGUACCCGGCAUUGUAUUCAUGAUUCCGCCUCCUUAUGAAGGAGCAAUUAGAUUAGCCAAAAGACUUGAAGUGCAAUUUCAAGAAAGUUUGACAUUAUGGAGUACUACAAAUACUAAGCUGAAUCAGCUACUGAAGAGGCAACAAAUAAUGCAAGAUGUAGAAACAGUCAAACAUAUGACUUUACAUGAAUAUGAGAAUACCAGUAUGCAGCGAAGGGUUGAAAUGACGUAUGUGAUGAAUGGCAACACACAGCACCUGAAACAUGAAACAUCCACAGUCUCUAAAAAUGGUGAUGCCGGACAAGACUUCAUCACGUCAGAGCUUCUGAGAGAAGUUGAGGGCUGCAAUUUGUUGAUAGAUGAAAUGGCAGCAAGAACAAAUGCACAGGACAAACCUAAAGUAGAAGAAACAAUCACAUCAUCUACUGUCACAGUUGAACAGAGCUCAGUCCAAUCUAUGCACAGGAAAACAGUUUUGUUUCAAGUUACACAAUCCCAUGCAUCAUCAGAGUCUCCUGAUUCUAAAUUCAAUAUUGCUGAUAGUAUAGCGCACUCCAAUGGUUCCCUUGAUCUAUGUGAUCAAGAGGUGCAAGAUAUUACUGCCCACAUCCAGCAAGGAGAAGAAUUAGACAAUUCAAAUGUAACCUUUAACCCGGAAGAUGUUGAUAAUGACCUCGAGAAUGAGCUUGACAGUCUCAGCAAUCUGCUUGAUGAAAUGUGCUCGGAAGGUGCUAAGAGGUUAGAUCCUUACACCUUGAAUGAGGAUAUUACUAAGUUCUUGAAAAAACUUCAGGAACUUCAAGAGAAAUUAUCUCAGGAACUACAAACAGUGAAACUUCCAGCAGACCAAGAAACUAUGAUGGGUAUGCAAGACAAUGUUACGACAUUCCAUUCCAACCUUGCCAGUCUGCAACCCCGAUAUGACCGUCUACGUCUUAACUUGGAAGAGGCUUUAAAGAAAGAAGACCAACCAGAAACUAAAGACCAACUGGUGGUUCUUCUGGACACCUGGGAAAAACUCUACAGCAUGUCCAGUGCUGCUGCAGAGAGAAUCAGUGAGAUAAGUGUGGUGCAGGCUAGCCUAGGUCGAGCACGUGAAGUAGUUGAGAACUGUGAACAUUCAUUACUAGACCAGGAUGGUAUGUCUGCUGACCUUGAUAAAAUACAAGUCCAGUACGAUACCCUACAGGAGCUACAGCGAACACUGCCACCAUUUCAGGUUGUCAUAGACCAACUUGUGAAAAGUACUAUCAAGGUGAGGCGGCUAUCCCAGAGGGCUCCCUUGCCUGAUGACCACACUCUUCAGAAGGAUGUUAAUGAGGUUAAACUUCGUUGGGAUGAUGUUUGUGUUCAGACCCAUGAAAGGUUGAUGAGGCUGGACCUAGCAAGUGAUAAACUACAGGAGAUGACUGAGUACCUUACCAGGGAAAGUAAUUGGAUAUCAGAGGCGGCAGUUACUCUGCUAAAGUUUGAGAUCAUUGACCAUGACAUACUGACCGUGCAGCAGCAGUACCAUGCUGCCAGGCUAUUCAAUGCAGAGGUUGAGAACCGCUGGCCUAAAGUUGAAGACGUGCUAAAAAAAGGCAGUUCAUUUAUUGAUGAAGUCAAUGUUUAUGAUGCAGCUCAAGAUAGCUAUGCUAAACAACUUGAAGAGUUUCACGACUUGACAGCAACAAAGCGCCCACGAAUUGAAUCUGGAGCUGAGGUGGUGCAAAAGGAACUUGAAAUCUUCAAAACACGUUACGAAGAACUGUCUAUGAAUGUUACCGAGAAAAUCGAAGUCAUCGACUCCGUGGGGAAACAACUCAAUGCAGAGUAUGAUCGAGAGUAUCGUACCAUAUGUCAGGUUGUUAGUGACAAGAGCUACUGGGUGACAAUCACACAGCAGAAGCUUAAGACUCUGGAACCAAUCAGCAGUGAUCUACAAACUCUUACAUUCCAAAAAGAUAAACUCAAGUCUUUCACUGAGGAUAUUUCAUACCAUGAAGUGCCAAUUUCUGAGACUACAUUGAGGGUUGAAAAAUUUAUUAAGUUGAAUCAAGAUAAACACAUGAAACCUGAACAGCAAAAAGAAAUAAAGGAGAAGAUCAAAGGGCUUCAAGAUGGCUACCGAUCUGUUGUUUCCCUGGCAAAUGACAGGAUGCAGAAAAUUGAAGACGCUCAUCAGCAUUUGAUGGCUGAAAAGAAAGAAUUGAGCUUAGUUGAUAAUAACUUCCAAGAGGUUUAUGCUGCUGGACAUCUUCUUCUCAAGUGGCUGUCAGAUACUGAGCAUGCUAUGGGCUCCCAUCAACCACAAAGUGAACAGGUCCAGCCCCUCAAUGAACAGCUAAACAAGAUGAAGGCUUUGAAAGAUGACAUUAAUGCUCAUGAAAAACCAAUCAAAUCCUCGGUUGAUAACAUACAGAAGUUUAUGAACACUAGUGGUCAGAAGAUAACACGUGAGAACCAUGGUGCUCUGCACGAUCUCCAAAAACAGUUGUACAGUCGCUUUGAUGUGCUCCAGAACCAAGCUGAUGAACGAGUUCAGCAUUUGACAUCUGCCUUAGAUUACCUCCGCAACUUUGAUCAUGACUUAGCCAAGUUUGAACACUGGCUUGGAAAGACGUCACAUGAUAUCGACGGGUUGGUUAGUGAUGCUGGUCGUGACAUUAGUGUUUUAAAACGACAGCAGACACAGCUACAGGGGAUCGCCUCUGACAUGAAUGUACGCAAAUCCCAUCUGGCCAUAGUGCAAGAUACCGGACAACGUUUUAUUGAAGACUCAAAGGUCUACAAACAAAUGUUGUACGAUUUCCGUAAUACUGCCCUUCCAAGUCAAUUCAACCGAAUGUUCAGCGAGGCACCAGAUGCUACUGGUAUUCAAGAUCGUCUUGUCCAACUGGACAACGACUUCACUCAGGUGGAACAAAAGUGUGGUAAUGCUUCCAAGAGACUGGAUUUCUUGAUCACAAAACAUCAAUAUUACAAUAAAUCACUUGAAUCUGCUAUGAGGUGGUUGGAUGCAACAGAGAAAGCAAUGUCUAAGCUUAUGCAAGAGCCUAUAGCAGCAGAGACUCAAACCGUUCAAGAGCAGACUGAGAAAUUCAAGGCAUUCAAUGAUGAUGUCAUCAAACACUCUAAAGAUAUCGAAGACCUAAAAGAUACCGGGAGAGAACUCUCUGAUGCCCAGCCAGAGGUCAAAUCUGAUGUCCAAAAGACAGUUGGUAUGAACAUCGGCUUUAGGAUAAUGGCACUUGUGUAUCCUAAUGAAACAAACUUUUAG